UUUUUGUGACAUAUCAUUUUGGUAUGGUUUUCUUUUUAAGGGUUGCUAUGUUGGAGAUCAUGGUCUAGCUGCUGUUGGACAGUCUUGUAAGAAGCUUGGGGAUUUAAAUUUGCGAUUCUGUGAGGCCUUAACAGAUGCGGGUUUAGUAGAAUUAGCUCUUGGUUGUGGGAAUUCAUUGAAAGCUCUUGGUAUUGCUGCUUGUGCUAAGAUAACUGAUGUCUCACUGGAAGCAGUGGGCGUACAUUGCAAGUCUCUUGAGACCCUUUCUUUAGAUUCUGAGUUCAUACUCGUUUUGCUGUAUUGUUUGCUCUUGGCAUGGAGAAAGGCAGUCAGAAUGCAGCCGUUUUGGAGAAGAGGUUGGAAAGUAUUCCUGGGAUGGUUCAAGGAGUACGGUCUGAUGAUUCUGCUUUACAAUUAGAGGCAACUACUCAGUUUAGAAAGCUAUUAUCAAUUGAGCGCAGCCCUCCAAUUGAUGAAGUUAUUAAGGCAGGCGUGGUGCCUCGGUUUGUUGAGUUUCUUGGAAGGAAUGAAGUGCCUCAAUUGCAAUUUGAGGCUGCAUGGGCUUUGACCAAUGUUGCAUCUGGAACAUCAGAGCAUUCACGGGUUGUUAUCGAUCAUGGUGCUGUCCCCAUGUUUGUGCAACUUCUUAGUUCUGGCAGGGACGAUGUCAGAGAGCAGGCUGUAUGGGCUUUAGGUAAUGUUGCUGGUGACUCACCAAGUUGUAGGGAUCUUGUUCUUAGUCACGGGGCUCUUGUUCCUUUGUUAGCUCAAUUAAAUGAGCACUCGAAGCUAUCCAUGCUAAGGAAUGCUACGUGGACUUUAUCUAACUUCUGCCGUGGCAAGCCUCCUACACCAUUUGAUCAGGUUAAGCCUGCAUUACCAGUUCUUCGGCAGCUUUUUUUCCUGAAUGAUGAAGAAUUUUUGACGGAUGCCUACUGGGCUCUUUCUUAUCUCUCAGAUGUCCCCAACGAAAAAAUACAGGCUGUGAUUGAAUCAAUUGUCUGUCCACGGCUUGUGGAACUCCUGAUGAAUCCAUCACUUACAGUUCUUGUACCUGCUCUUCGGACUGUGGGUAAUAUUGUUACUGGUGAUGAUUCUCAGACUCAGGCUGUAAUUGAGGCCAAUAUCAUUCACCCGCUUGUACAUCUUCUCCAACAUUCAGAGUUUGAUAUAAAAAAGGAGGCUGCAUGGGCCAUCUCUAAUGCCACUUCCGGUGGCUCUCAUGAACAAAUACAAUUUCUUGUUAGCCAAGGUUGCAUCGGCCCACUCUGUGAUCUCCUAAACUGUCCAGACGCAAGGAUUGUAACUGUAUGCCUUGAGGGUCUGGAGAACAUUCUGAAGGUGGGUGAGGCAGACAAAGAAAUGGGACUAAAUGGCGGAGUCAAUAUAUAUGGUCAGGUAAUUGAUGAAUGUGAAGGAUUGGAUAAAAUCGAGAAUCUUCAUAACCACGAUAACCAUGAGAUUUAUGAGAAGGCUGUGAAGAUCUUGGAGAUAUAUUGGGCAGAAGAAGAAGAUGAGGAGCAAAACAUCCAGGAUAACGGGGAUGGAACUCAACAAGGUUUUCCUUUUGGAGCAAACCAGCCUACCCUACCCCCUGGUGGUUUCAAAUUUGGCAAUUCAAACAGAGAGACACUGCUCCGAGCUUGCAAAAGUUGGUGUUGAAUUGGAAUUUUGGGAAAAACAACUUAUUGAGCACAAGGGAAAACUUGAAGUUGCAUCUACCGAGAAUAAGCUUUUGAGUGAAAAUGAAGCUGCUUGUGCAGAUUUUGAAGAUGCGAAAAAGCAGAUGGAAGACAUAUUGGGAACUAUUGAAACAAAAUCUGAGAGUACCACAAAAAUUCAAAGUGAUCUUGAAAGGAGCAAACUCGAAGCAUUGGAAGCUCAUAAACAAGUUCGUGUUUUAAUGAUGUACAGCGAGGGGCGAGGCAGGGACGGUGGCUGGGCGUAGGGCUGGCUGGUGGGGUUCUCAACUCCACGGCGGCAACAGGUAUAUCUCUCUGUGGUGUUGAACUUUAGUUUGGUGAUGUUAUGGUCUUAGAUUUUCUUGAUAGCUCUCUUAUUUUAUUGUUCAUCUGAAAAUUCCCUAGCUCUUCCUUUAUAGCUCUCUUAUUUUAUUGAACUAAAACAAAUAAGUAUUUAUCUUAGUUUUCCAUUUUCUUCUUCUGAAGUUUUCAAUGUAUCAUUUAAGAAAAGACUGUAAGUUUGUUGUUGUGGUGGCAAGAACUUUUACUCUGUUAUGGGAUAAUGUGUUUUUUUUUCAAAUAUAAUAAUAUUAAUAAUUGAGUUAUUAUUAUUAUUUAACAAUUGAAAUUGCAGACAACCUGGCUAGGUUUGAAUAUGCAGGGAUUUGACUAUAAUGUAAAGAAAUAUUGAUGAAUCUCACAGCCAAGUAAAGAAAUUUGUAUGGAUUCUCAGUUUUGCAGAAUUUAACAUUCAUGUGAUUUCUAAAUACUAUGAGUUAACUAUAUUCAUGUGGUUUUCAAAUACUUUUGCACAUGUAGUUAGUUAUCUCUAACUGUAAUAUAGGUUCAACUAUAGUUAGUAGAUUAGCGUAGUUAGUUUUCUGUUAAUCACUUCUUGGCUUCCAGCUCCUUUUUCCCUCUCUUUGUAUCUUUGUACUAUUCAGCUAUAAAUAAUAAAGUCCCAUAUCUCUGGUACAUUUACAAAGAUCAUUUUACCCAAUUCAUUUUCUAUUAAGUACUCUUAUGUGUGUGUGAUGGCAGCGAUCACACAGGGGAUAUAUUGACAUAAUUUAUUUUUAGUUUUAUUGCAGAAAUUGGGCUAAACCUUAUAUUAAAUAUGCUAAAGAAGUUUCCAGGUGCAUUUUUUAUUUUAUUGUUUUUCUUUAUGAUUUUGUUGUAUAAGAAGUCAAAGUGUGAUUCUGUUUUUAUUCUUUAUUUUUUUUGGGGAUAUAUUGACAGAAUUUAGAGCUCUGGAAUAAAUUCUUCCUCACAUACUUUUUGAUCAUUGAGAAUGAUAUAUUUGUUAUCUUGAUACAUUUCACAAGCUUUGUUUUAAGUUGCAUGUUUUGUUGCUUUAGUCGUUGUUUUGCAUGGUAGUACAUCUUGCUAUACCCUGCUGUUUUGUCAAGUUUUGGAGUUAUUACAAAUUUAAUUUAAAUUUUAUAUGCUUACAGGUGGAAACUAGCUUAAGUCUUAUGUUCUUAAUAAUAAAAGGACUUUUUUUUUUACAAU